CCCGUCGAGCCCAUGCAGUGAGGCGCCGGGACUCUAGGCAGGGCCGCACAGGAUGGCCAGCACGACCAUGGCCGCCGUGCCCCUGGGCUCGGGCCCCGGCCCUGGCUCGGGGCCGGCGCCGGCCACCACCGCCGUGGGGGCGGCCACACUGCUGUCCGGCACGCUGUCCGGGUCGCUGACGGCGUCCUCCACGGCCAUGGAGACCGAGGUGCUGACGCAGCUGUUCCACGCCAACGCCGACCACUACCAGCUCUCCUUCGCCGCCAUCAACCGCAUGAGGCAGCACGCGCAGCUGUGCGACGUGACGCUCAAGAUCGGCUCCGACUCCAUCAACGCGCACCGCCUGGUGCUGGCCUCGGUCAGCCCCUACUUCCACGCCAUGUUCAACGACGACAUGGUGGAGAAGUUGCGGCCCGAGGUGACGCUGCACGACAUCGACGGCCUGGCGCUCAAGCAGCUCAUCGAGUACUCCUACACGGGGGAGAUCCUCAUCACGGAGGACAACGUGCAGGUGCUGCUGCCCGCGUCCAGCCUGCUGCAGAUGGGGCCGGUGCGCGACGCGUGCUGCAAGUUCCUGCUGCGCCAGCUGCACCCCUCCAACUGCCUCGGCAUCCGGAGCUUCGCCGACGCGCACUCUUGCAAAGAGCUCCAGAGUUCCUCGCACCAGUUCGCCGUGCAGAACUUCCAAGAGGUGAUGAACACCGAGGAGUUCUUGCUGCUGCCGUACAAUGAUGUUGAGGAGCUGGUGUCUUCGGGGCAGCUCAACGUGUCCAGCGAGGAGAAGGUGUUUCACGCCGUGCUCAACUGGGUCAAGCACGACCUGGGCAACAGGGAGCAGCACGUCGCCAAGUUGCUGAAACACGUGCGGCUGCCGCUGCUGGAGCGUGACUUCCUGAUGGCGCACGUGGACUGCGAGCCGCUGGUGCGCGCCUCCGACUCGUGCAAGGAGCUGCUGCUCGAGGCCAUGAAGUACCACCUGCUGCCGGACCAGCGCGCCGCCCUCACCACGGAGCGCACCGCGGCCAGGCAGCCCGAGGGCCUGGAGCCCUACCUGUUCGCCAUUGGAGGCGGCUCGCUGUUCGCCAUCCACAGCGAGUGCGAGGUGUUCUCCACUCGCGGCGACCGCUGGCAGGCCAUCGCACCCAUGCUCUACCGCCGCUCCAGGGCCGGCGUCGUCGGACUCAACCGCCAGCUCUUCGUCGUCGGGGGGUACGACGGCACCUCCGACUUGUCCACGGCCGAGUGCUACUCGCCGCACCACAACGCCUGGACCACCAUCACGCCCAUGGGCACCAAGCGGAGCUGCCUCGGCAUCUGCGCGCUGGACGGGCUGCUGUACGUGUGUGGGGGCUACGACGGCGCGUCGUGCCUCAACUCGAUGGAGCGGUACGACCCCUUGACGGGCGUGUGGACCUCCUGCCCCGCGAUGCUGCUGCGACGCCGCUACUGCCGCCUGGCCGUGCUGGACAACUGCAUCUACGCGCUGGGCGGCUUCGACUCCUCCAACUACCAGGCGACAGUGGAGCGGCUGGAUCCCCGCGCGGGCCGCUGGGACCCCGUGCCCUCCAUGUCGUCGCGGAGGUCCUCGUGCGGCGUGGCGGCCCUGGACGGCAUGCUGUACUGCGUGGGCGGCAACGACGGCACCAUGUGCAUGAGCUCGGGGGAGCGCUUCAACGCGCGGCGGCAGGCCUGGGAGCCCAUCGCCGCCAUGCACUCGAGAAGGUCCACGCACGAACUGGUGUCCAUGGGCGGCGCGCUGUACUCGCUGGGCGGCAACGACGGCAGCUCGUCGCUCAACUCGGUGGAGCGCUACGACGUCGCCACCAACAAGUGGACGCUGGUCACGUCCAUGCUGACGCGCCGCAGCUCCGUGGGCGCCGCCGUCCUGGACUGCCUGGGCGUGCCGUCGUCGUCCUCGGCCAGCUAGUCCUUGCUCGUCACUGCCCUGUGAUCGCCGCCAUGCGCCGCCGUGCCGCGCCACGUCGCCCUGGUCGCCGCGCCGUCAGAGCCCCUCCAGGAAGACGGCCUCGACGACCCCGACGUGGCCGCGGCCGCCGCCAGGCUGGAGUGCCUCAUCUAGGACUCGCUGCAAGGUGCUGUGACGUAGGAGAAAGAAUUGAACCAUCGCUGCUCCGCGCCUUACACUCUGACGCGGUGGUGAAGGCUCCAUUCUUUCCCCUUUCCAGCCCACUCUGCGCCACGGCACUUCGGCACUUCCCUCACGCUGCGCAUGCGGCCCUUCGCCCCGGGGCGGCGGCCAGCCAGGUCUCGCCGCCUGGCCACAGCAAAGGCCGCCUCCCGGGGCGUCACCACAUCGUCACAUCGUCACGUCACGCGGGCAGUGACGCUCGGACGCCACGGGGGCCGAGGCUGUGCGGCCCCCGCCACCCCAAGGCCCUCGCGCCUGGGAGCCCCCACUCGGGGAAGAGACAAGCAAGCACGCCGCCGCUGUCUAUGAGAGGGUUGACGCUCAACCGCACUCAACUUGCAAGUGUGGGCGGGCACGUUCCCGCCACACUGCUGUGAGAUAACAUUUUGUGAUACCUCUGAAUUUGCACAGCAACACUGCCACCGACCUGCCGGUUUGCCACUUCGGAUGAGAGGAGGACAAUGCACGGCUCAUUUUCUGACGUGCGCUGCUUGGUUUCCCAACUGAGUUUUCGUUUAAGACCAGGCCUGUGUUUACUGAAACUUAGAAAAACCGGAUCAUUUUAUAACUAUGGGUAUUUAUGACAAAAAAAUCAUUUAUUAUCAGCAAUUUAUUACCAACACUGCCAGUAUUUUCUAGAGCGAAUUGAUUCUUAUUUUAUGAAGUAUACUUUUUGGAUGGAGUGAGAUUAUUUUGUACUCCCUUUAUUCUUUGGAAUCUUUCAUAUUACCAUAAUGUUAAAACUAAAGGAGAUUUUCAGUACUUGACCAAUAUGUUAAAUGUUUUGAAUUUUCAGUCUAUUAAGUCCCCCCUCCCCUUCUGUCUAUAUAUUUACUCAAAUACUGUACUGAUCAAGGUUCCAUUUCAACUGCCUUGUGAGGUUCUCUACUGCCCAUAAUGUGACAUACAAAUUGUUCUAUUUCUGUUUCAACUAUUAUCGAGUAACUUCCUUGUUGCUUGGGACAAGACUGAAAUAUUGCUUUUCAAUUAUGUACUUACAGGUUUUUGGGUCAUGGUUUGAUUGAGAAAGUGAGCAAUGUGGUGAAGAAAAUGUCAUGUGCAUAAGUGUGCAGUAUACAUAAAUUCAGUUUGCUGAGAUGGAACUUAAAACACUGAGCCAUGUGAGACGAAUGUAGUGAUAUUAAAUAUAAGGAAGUAAAUAUGUACAGAAAAGAAAAGAGAAUUAAUAGUUCUUUAAGUUCUCAGCUUGCAAUCACUAGAAGUAGCAAAACAACUGAUGUCAUUUAUCAUAGUCACGAUUACUAGAUUUUAUGUCUAUCGUAGUCAAAAUAUUGUAGAAUAGAUUAAUUAAAUGAAUAGGCCAGAGUUAGAUGCAGAUAGUUUGUACAACCAAAAGAAUCACACCUCAUUCCAUUUAGUGGGAUAUGCUUAUGCUCUUAUCUCAUGGCUUAUGACUUCUUAAAGAAUCUUUGUGACUGAUUUUAGUUCUUAAUACACCAGCUAUGUCCUCUAUUUUUAUUUCAUUCUGAAUAGUAGAGUUACCAUUAGCUCACUGAAAUUGAAUCUGUGUAGUUGAAGUUUGUUUGCACACCAUUGUAGUUCCAUUUCUAAGCGAAUGAAAGGAACAAAUAAAAGUCGGAGGAGUAACUUA